AUGGGUACUCGGCAGUCUGGAGAAGCAAAUGUGCAUUCACCAUCCUCACAUACAAGCGACAAAGAUUCCACAUCAUAUACUGGAUAUAUUGAUGAGUAUAGUGGGCAAAAUAAAUUAGAUGUUGAAAUUGCUGUUGAAGCAACAAGCAUUUCUGAAUCAACUAGUCCCACGGAUCUGAUUGAUUCAACUGAGUCGGCUAAAGAAACUCAUGGUUAUAUGAAUGAAUCAAGUUUUAGUCAACAAGAAAAUGAACCCCUUGGUGUUUUCUCAUUCAGUAACGAUCUAAAUACGAACUCGAAUGUUCUUCCGUAUUCUAUCGAUGUUUUUAGGACUACUGACAGACAUAAUUCACUGGACUUAGAUGACUCAAAGGAUAUAUCGUUGUCCGCCGGUAGUCAUGUUGUCCAUUCAUUAAAAUCAAAUGUAGAUGGUAAUUCAUUAAAAACUGUGUUGUUAGAUGAAGAUUUGAAUGUUCACUUACACUCAAAUGUUUUACCUAAUUCGACUCCAGAUUGUACAACAACAACAACAACACCGUCUACUAUUUUGAAUAAUCCAUCUAGAAUCAACAUUUUGUCGUUAAAUACAUCUAGUAAUCCAGUCAACUCGGUUAUGGGUAAUCAACAUGAUACUCAUGCUCCUGUUUCUAAUGAUUCAAUUAAACCACCAAUGAAUGUCAAUAUUGAUAAAACGAGGAACGUUUCAGAUCCUACGCCGCCAUGUUUAUCAUCAUCAAAAAUGAAAAUGAAUUCACCACCAACAUCUACACUUGCGAUUGAUAGCAACGAUCAGAUUCUUAAUAAAGUUACUGAACCAACUUCUAUACCCAUUUCUAUACCAAAUACUAGAAAUUCCACAUCCAUUUCUCGUUCUCCUCUUCCUCAUUCUUCUCCUUCUCCAAUAACACCUACUUUAUCGGAAAAUCCCCAAAUUAGACAACGUCAUGUUACUACGAUUACUACUGCUGCUACUACUACUACUACUACUACUACCACUAUCACCAAUAAUAACAAUAUUAUAUCAGGUGCUACUGGUUCAAAGGUGCUCAGAUCAAAAUCACAUCGUCUAUCAGUGGUUAAAAUAUCUCGUCCAUGGAUGCGUUACAUAUUUUGUUCACUGACAGUAUUUUUGAUUUAUUGGCUUUUUAAUGGGUUUCUAUUGGGUCUAACUGUUGGUUGUAUACUAACAUAUACAUUCAUUACAGUUUAUAAUUAUUUGCAUAGUCGUACAAACUAUUCUAAUCAAAUUCUCUGUCCAAUAUCAGGAUUGCCAUUAGAUCACUUAUGCUGUUCACUACAUUAUCGACAAGAACAAGAGGGCCAGUAUCAAGGUUCACAAUGGUGGCCAAUCUAUUCACCAGCUAUGCCAAAUUUAACUUCUGUUUUAUCUAACAACGCGAACAGUACCAAUAAAUGUAUGCAGUUAAGAAAUUUGCCUAAUUUCACUGUACCAAAUAUGCUUGAAGAAGAUGUUAACAAAUCAACUACCUCAGGUCCAUUGGGAAAUAGUUUAGGUUUUAAAUAUGACAAUAAUGGACGGCCUGUAUACAAAGGAUGGUUAAAUGAGAUUAUUCAUUAUGAUCCUGAAACUCAUCAUAUUGGUAAAACAUUUUCCGUCUUCCUCACGCUUGAUGGUACACAAUUACGCCUACAACGCCCAGAACAUAAUAUUACUCGUAGAUCUCUAUGGAAUGAUGAAAUCCCAUCAACUACAACUAUGCGAUUCAAACAACAGCAUAUUUAUGAUUUAGCUAAUGCAACUGUUACACUUCUUCCAUGUGGCUUAGUCGGCAAACGUCUAUGGAGUAGAAAAUAUCCUAUUUGUAUCACCGUUCACACUGAAGGUAGAUUCAAGCGCAAAAAUGAAAGACUUGACUCACUACCAUCAUCGACAAGCUUUCCAAAUAUCAUAUUAUCUACUAGCUCUAAUAUAGCAGUGAAUGAAACCUCUGACUUGUCCAUGGAUACAUCUAUUCCAUCAGCUGGGGAUAUGGAGUUCCCUGAUGAUACUAGUUCUAAUGUAUUGCAAACUUCAUGCAAAUCAAAUAUGAGAAAUUUAUAUUUAUUCGGAAGAACAUGUCGCGAAAAAGAAACAUGGUACCGUAGAUUGAAAGCUGCCUCAUUGGGCACACCUCUUAUAUGGACACCUCAGAUGGCUGUACAACAUUAUCUUUUGGCUUCAGAUAUUAAUAAUAGUAAUAAUAACGUUGGUUUACCGGAUUAUAUAAGUGCUACUGCCACAGUAGCUUCUAAUAUCAUUUCUAAUCACAACGACAGCACAUUGAGUGACGAUGAGAGUCAAGCUGAUGGAAAUACAUUAUCGAAUCUGGUAACAUGUUCUGAUUCAGCUGCCAGUAUCUCUAAUACUGAUGUUGCUACCACUAUUACUACUACUAUUAGUAAUAAUAAUAGCAAUAGUACUCCCACUGGUUUAAGUAGUACAACUAAUACUAAUAACACUUAUUCAUCCAGUAUAAGUCUUUCAAAUUAUGGCGCUUCAAUACCUGGGAAUCGUGAACCAGUCUAUGUUUCAUAUGUUCGAUAUAUGGCUAAAUUUAUGCCCGCCAAUUGGCUUGUGCGAAGUGCACAAGCAUUAAAAUUAAAUGUUAAUCAAAUUAAUUGUGAUACAAAUGUGAUAUGGCUUAAUGCGUUAAUUGGUCGUUUGCUAUGGGAUUUUCUUCGUGAACCUUAUUGGUUAGAAAAGAUAAAAAAUAAGAUUCAAGCAAAGUUGAAAAAAAUACAUCUUCCAAAUUUCAUCAAUGAACUCACUGUCGUUGAUAUUGAUUUGGGCUCAGAAAUACCUGUACUAAGACGUAUCGGAUGUCCUUAUCUGGAUGCACAUGGUCUAUGGAUUGAAUUGGAUGUUGGUUAUGCUGGCGGGUUCUCGUUUGCUUUGGAAACAAGUGUUAAUUUAAUGCGGUGGAAUCAAAAACUUCGUGAAGAAAAAGAUAUUACCUAUUCAUCAGAUAAUUUUGCUCAAAAUUCACUAUCCAAUGAAUCUCUGCCAAAAGUUAAUUCUCGUUCGAUAACAAAAAUGGCCGCUUACCUAUCUGAUGAAGAGGACAGUGCUGAUUCGACAACUGACUCUGAAUUAGAUGAAACAACUAACAUUAGUCAAAAUUCCAGUCCUAUAAAUAGUUUACGACCUGGACGUAACUUACCAUCCACAGGACUAAUCAUAGGUGGAAUGAAAUCCGGUGAUAAUGAACGUGGAAACCCUGAAGACAGCAGAUCAUUUAAUCGUCUUUCUCCAGUUUCACCAAACCGCCCAGUAAAUCUACAGCCUGUCUUACCGUCUCGUCGAAGGAUUAUACGUAUUGUCGAUCGUAUCACCAAAUCCUCAUAUUUUCAAAGAGCCGUUGAUACAAAACUAGUCCAGCGUGGUAUGGAACGUUUGUCAAACACACCAAUUGUAUUACAAGUCGAGAUACAAAUGUUAAGUGGUACGCUUUUAGUCAAUAUCCCUCCACCGCCCAGUGACCGUCUGUGGUAUGGUUUUCGUCCUGUACCUAAUAUACGACUUAAAGCACGUCCUCGUGUUGGAGAAAAAGUUGUUACAAUGUCACGUAUAUUGGAAUGGAUUGAAAAAAAAAUGAUUCUUGAAUUUCAGCAUUUAGUUGUUUUACCAAAUAUGGAUGAUUUGAAAGUUGGGCUACUUUUAUCCGAUGCUACAUCAGCAACAUAA